AUGUCGUCCAGCACGCAGGGUCAGCAAAACCUUGAUAGAUAUGUCGUUAUCCACGUCGCAACCACUUGUGACGAGCAUGGAGUGUAUGUGACGAAGGAUUCGGCGGAAGUGAUCGAGCUUGGGUGGAUCCUCCUGGAUGCUAAGAACUGCGAGGAGCUCUACCGCGACUCCGUGCUUGUCAAGCCUAUCAACACACCCAUUACACCGCUUUGCACUAGCUUGACCACUCUGACUUGGGAACAUGUUCGCAAUGCUGGCACCUUUCGUGACGCCAUCAACCGUUUCGACGCCUUUGCGUCGGAGCAUCUGACAUCACAGAACCUCGACUUUUCCUUCGUUACCCUCGACUCUUGGGACCUCCGUGUGCAACUUCCCCGCGAAGCUCGCGAUAAAGCCGUGGUGCUGCCACCAUAUCUCCAACACUCGAGAACCUUCGACCUCCGAACCGAGUACCAGCGAUGGCAACAACACCAUCCAGAGUCUCUGCCUUUUGGACCAUCAAUGUUGUCCAAUAUCUGCGCAGCUCUGGAGGUUGAACCGGUUACAGCAAGCGCUCCAAUCAAGCACAAUCUUCCAUUCCACCUACAGGCUCUUGCACCUGCAUCUCCUCGUAGAGCCAUGGAGGAAGCAGUCACCUUGGCACGAGUUCUUCGUGGCCUUAUCAGAAAAUCUCAGCCUCCUCAUGAACACCCGGAUGUCCUCACUCGGCCAAUGGACGCUCGGGCCGACGUUAGAGCUUUCUUGUCAGAACGCAGCAAAGUACUUCACAUGGCAGGUCUUCCUCACGAUACGACACAGUCCGAGUUGGAGAGCUGGUUUACUCAAUUUGGUGGACGCCCAAUUGCAUUCUGGACUCUGCGCACCCCAGACCAACAUAAACCUACAGGUUCUGGAUUCGCCGUGUUUUCCUCGCAUGAAGAGGCCGCAGAAAGUUUGUGCAUGAAUGGACGUGCUCUUAAUGAGAAGGCUAUCGAGGUCUCUCCCUCAUCUAGCCGUGUACUUGACAGAGCCGCAGAAAUUCUUACUCCAUUCCCACCAAGCAAGAAUCGCCCACGCCCAGGAGAUUGGACUUGCCCCUCGUGUGGUUUCUCCAAUUUCCAACGCCGAACGGCUUGUUUCCGCUGCUCAUUCCCGGCUAUGGGCGGUGGGCCGAGUGGUGAUUCUAUGGGAGGUUAUGGUGGUGGUGGUGGGUACGGUUACGGACCUCCAGCCAUGAUGCCACCUCCUCAACACAUGGGACACCAUGGUGGGAUGGGUGGUGGCCACGGUGGUGGUCGUAUGGGUGGUGGUGGUGGAAGUGGAGUUGUUCCAUUCCGUGCUGGCGACUGGAAAUGUGGUUCAGAGGGUUGUGGUUACCAUAAUUUCGCUAAGAACGUAAGCUGCCUUCGUUGUGGCGCUAGCCGUGCGGGUGCUGCCGUCGUGGCUGACUCCGGAUAUCCCUCCCCAAUGGACCCUCCAUCGAACUACGGUAUGGGGCCUGGAUCUAUGGCAGCUACACCUGGGCCUGGACCUUUCGCAGCAUCAGCUGGAGGUUUCGGAUCUUCUGGUGGAUAUGGAGGUCAGCACUUUGCCGGUCCUCCAAGCACAUAUGCCCUUCCUUCCGGCCUUGGAGGCAACUCAUCUGGACCAUACCCAUCCCUUAACACUCAUUUCGGUGGCGGUCCUUCUGGUGGCGGUGGAGCACAAUCUGCUGGACCUUUCGAUAGCCGCGCUGCUGAAGCAGCUUUCCAAUCUGCCAACAACGGUCCAGCUUCAGCCGGGCCUGGUUCCAACCAUUUCUACACCAGCCAGAGUGAAAGCGACCCUUUCGCUUUCCUUUCUUCAGGCAUGGGUAACUUGAACAUGGGCAGUGGUGACGCCCGUCAGAACGGUGGUUCUGCUCAACUCAGCGCCCCAAGCAAAUCGCCUGCUUAA